CCUUCCCCUAGCAAUAAAAGAAACUGCAGCUCGUUCCUAACUCCAGAGUUCGCCGUUGGCCAAAGGCGGACGCAACCAGAGGGGUGUUUGAUUACAGGAAGAAAGAGGACUGACUCAGGCUACAAAAUGACCCGGAUACUUUUGCUGCUUGCUGCAAUGCUGGCAGUAUGCUCUGGCGUUCAGCUUAUGGAUAAAAGAGACAUCGAUACUGAUUGUGUAGAGGGGAAAAUGACGAACAGUGAAGAUGUUGACGAUGCUAUUAACAAAUGCUUUAAAGAUGCACCAGAUCCAGCAUUACAAAGCGAUCCAGCAGGAGAGAUGAUCGCUCUCGAGAAUAAAUACAAGAAACUAGUUGCAGAAUACAAGAAAGCAAUGAAGAAAUCUGACGAGGCUGCGGUUAAAAGCACAAGCUCAAAGGUUUCUAGUGAGGACCAAGAAAAUGAGGCAGAUGAAAAUGAUGAGAAUUCUAAAGACAGAAAGCUAGAGUCAGGUGCCGGUCAAAAAGAAGAAGAGGACAGCGCCAAAAGUGAAGAAGACGAGCUGGAUGAAGAAGAAGCACCACAACAGGAUGACAAUGAUCCAUCUUCUGCUGAAGGGUCUGAGAAAGAGUCUGAUGAAAAACAAGAGGAAGAUGAGUUAGAAACGCCGUCAAAGCAGAAUGAGGUUAAAAGCACCUCAGAAGUUUCUGAACAGGAUGAGCUCGAAGAAGACCCAAAAAUUAGCGAGAGGGCUUUGGAUGUUCCAUUAGAAGAUGCCGAAGAACAGUCAGAGGAAGAAUCGUUAGAUGAAGAACCAUCAGAAGAAGACUUCCCUGAGGAAGAAUUGUCAGAUUCUGAGGAUGAGCCGUCAGAAGACAUAAUGGAAGAGGAUGUUGCUGAAGAUGAAGAUCCUGCAGCAGAAAAUCAGUUUGAAAAUGUAGACCGUGACUUAGAUGACAAUUUUGACGAUAAAAAUGAAGCAGAUGGCAGCGUUUCAGACUCACAAAGCUCUGAUGGUGAUAGCGGAGCCUUUAAAAAGGAGCCACGAGCUUGGGGAAGAAGCAGAAGGGGCUGGUCAUCUAGGCGUAGCUGGUCAACAAGGCGAAGUUGGUCAACAAGACGAAGAUGGUCAACAAGACGGAGAUUUGUCAGUCGAAGAAGAUUUGUGUCUAGGCGCAGAUGGUCAACACGGAGAAGGUUUGUAAGCAGACGAAGAUUUGUGACACGACGCAGAUGGUCAACACGAAGAAGGUUCAUAAGAAGACGAAGCUUUGUCAGAAGAAGAAGCUUUGUCAGAAGAAGAAGUUUUGUCAGAAGAAGAAGUUUUGUCAGAAGAAGAAGUUUUGUCAGAAGAAGAAGUUUUGUCAGAAGAAGAAGAUUUGUCAGAAGAAGAAGAUUUGUCAGAAGAAGAAGAGUUGUCAGAAGAAGAAGAGUUGUCAGAAGAAGAAGAUUUGUCAGAAGAAGAAGAUUUGUCAGAAGAAGAAGAGUUGUCAGAAGAAGAAGAGUUGUCAGAAGAAGGGGCUUCUUUAGAAGAAGAUCUCUCACAAGACGUCGCAGAUCCUGGUUCAGAAGAAGAACAUCAAUUCGAAGAAGGACAUGGAGAAGAAGAUCGAUGGGAAGACCUGGCAAACCAACUGUAAAUGGAUGCAGCAUACCAUUUGGAAUGUACUUCCCGUACAAAGGAACGUUCACAUCAGCUUGCAACAAGCAUGAUGUUUGCUAUUACAGAGAGGCAAUCAACAGAAAGCGAUGUGACAACAACUUCUAUAGAAGAAUGCUAAAUAGUUGCAAGAGAUAUGGUGCAAUAAAACGGUUCUUCUGUAGACGGUUCGCAGGAGUUUACUACGGUGGUGUACGAAUAGGUGGCAAGUCCCACUAUGGUUAACCGAACAGCACCUUUGUUUACCUCUUGUUACUGUCAUAAACCAUUUUCAUAAGCAUAUAGCCAAGAUCAAAGAGUAUGUUAAUUUGAUACUAAGUUAUUUUUGUAAUUUAUAUAAGAUAAAGUCCUUUGUAAUUUCAAUUUUCUUAAACUAAUCUUGCUGCAAUUAUCGCCAAUAGGUUUGCUUUGUAAUUCUGUUAUAAUAGCUCUCAGAAUGAAAUUUUUGCCUAAUUUU